GACAGAACGUCACAUUCCUGCAUCAUUCCCUUUUUCCUUCAGGACGUCGGAGUUCAGAGCUGCGGCUAAUCCUCAUCCUCUCCUCCACUACUCUUCUCUUAGACCAAACACACCCAUGACACGGCGGCUCUGAUCCCAGGAGGACAUCCCGGGUUCACCAGGAGUCCCAGAGGAGUCCCAGAGGAGUCCAGUCUCUCUCCAGGGUCACUUUCCUCCCUCCCUCCCUCCCCCUCCUCCCCAUCCACCCGUCACAGCGCUGGUUGUCAUGGAGAACUCUUCAGUGGCGUCUGCAUCGUCUGAGGCCGGGAGCACGCGCUCACAGGAGAUAGAAGAGCUGGAGCGCUUCAUUGACAGCUAUGUGCUGGAGUACCAGGUGCAGGGGCUUCUGGGAGACAAGGCUGAUGGAGACUUGGACUUGGACAACGGCGGCAAGGUGCCACAGUGGACGGAUGACUGUAACAACAAGAAAGAUGGCAGCUGGACGUCUUCACGGGGGAGAGGCUCAACCAAGCCGGACGAGUGGGAACACAGCAGCAACGGCAGUACAGGCUCCAGGCCCAGUUCAGGGUCUAGACCAGGGUCUGGCUCGCGCUCCGGCAGCAGAGGCAGAAACAACCAGUUCACAGGCCCUGCCAAGAACGGGAACAGAGACGGCGGCUCCCUUGACAUCCUGGGGACAGACAUAUGGGCUGCCAACACAAUGGACUCACGUGGAGGUGCAGGUUGGGACGUGCAGCCAGAGAAGCUGGACUUCAGCCAUUUCCACAGGAAACACUUCAGAGGAACGCCAAAGCACCUGCCACACAUUGACCGAGAAGGGAUGAACAAAAACAAGUUUGAGGAAGAUGACGGCAUAGACAUGAAUGACAUCGAGAGGUUCCUGCCCCAUCUGCGCUCUGUCUUCCCACCGCUUCCUAAUGAGGCUGAGAUCGCACACACCAAAAAGCUCUUCCGACGCAGGAGGAAUGACCGACGAGCGGUUGAUCAGUUCACCCGAGACCAGUUAACCAUACUUCUGCCUACUGGCCCUGGGGGGAAGCGGCAAGUCUCAGCCAGGAGACAGCAGCGGCCUCCGGGAGGAGGAGGAGGAGGAGGAGGAGGAGGAGGAGGUGGAGGAGGCGGAGGUGGAGGAGGAGGAGGAAAGAACCAACCUCAGCUGAUACAGCAACAGUCACCACAGCACCAGAGGGAUCAAACCCAACAUCAAUCUCCAAACCCACAGCAGCAGAAUUUAACAGAACUGGGAGAUAACAGGAACAGUAGUGUUGGUGGUCGGCCACCUCGCCAGUAUCAAGGCGGACAUGGGCAGCAGCGCCAAGGAGGGGCCCCGCAUCACGGAUACAGCCAGAACCGGCGUUGGCACCACAAUCAGAAAGGUCAGGGGCACGGACAGACGAACGCUUUAGGCGAUAAAGGAGUACCCCCGAGAACAACCAAAGACAGAGAGACGGAGAAUGUAAAACCGGGCGACGAGCAGAUCAGACCACCUCACGACUACAACAGCAGUAGGAGUCCCAAUGAGUCACCCAGACCUGAGUCAACACCCAAUACCAAUGCUUUCCCACAUCUGACAGUUGGAAAGGAAUCUCCCAACCCAGCAGGAAGUGGGAAGGCAAGCGAGGGCCAGUCGGAGCAGCCCAAAGUCAGCCUGCUGCAGUCGUCAAAGGAGAGGCUGAGGAGGAGACUAAAGGACAAGGAAGAGGCGCGUGUGGAGGCGUCAGGCUCCGGAUCGCAGAGCAUGGACCGGCUGGUGGACCUUCUCAACAGCAUGAGGAGCAACAGCAGCGGGGUGGAGCAGCAGCUGGCCUCCUUCAUGGAGGAGGCGCAGUGCUCGGCGCGCUCCGAGGAGACCCUGGCUCAGGUGGUCAGCACCAUCUACUCCAAGGCCGUGUCGGACAGGAGCUUCGCCGCCACGGCCGCCAAGCUCUGCGACAAGAUGGCGCUGUUCAUGGUGGAGGGGACCAAGUUCAGAUCGCUGCUCCUCAACAUGUUGCAGAGGGACUUCGCCUGUCGAGAGGAGCUCCAGCAGUCAGAUGUGGAGAGGUGGUUGGGUUUCAUCACCUUCUUGUGUGAGGUGUUUGGUACCAUGAGGAGCAGCUCCGCAGAGCCAUUCAGGGUGCUGGUGUGUCCCAUCUACACCUGCUUACGAGAGUUGUUGGAGUCCACAGAUGUUAAGGAAGAUGCAGUCCUGUGCUGUUCCAUGGAGCUGCAGAGCAUGGGGCGUCUGCUGGAGGAGCAGCUCCCAGAGAUGAUGACGGAGCUUCUAGCAGCCGUCAGGGACAAGAUGCUCAGUCCGGCUGAAUCUCAGCUGACCCGCUCUCUCCUCAUGGAGGUCAUCGAGCUGCACGCACACCGCUGGAGCCCCCUGGAGGCUCUCACCACCCAAUACUACAACCGUACCAUCCAAAAGCUCACCACCACCACUGCCUAGGUGCCAGCUCCCCACAGGAGGAGAGGAGACAAGCCCCCGCCCCCCCUCCCUGAUGCCCUUUGGAAACAUUUUCCAUUUGAGCAUCAAUCUGCUGUUCUAGUUUUACCAAAACACAGGAAUUUAAUAUUAACGUCACUCUCUUAACUAAAUACAUGCUAUACGUGGGUUUUUGAAGGUAAUUGUAUAAUUCGCUAAUUUCUCCAAGAUAGGGUGACCACUGCCACAAACAAACCGUACACUAUCCAACAAUCAGGUGGCCCUGAGCCAUCAAGGCAACACUACAUAUGGCGUUCAAACAAUGAGAAGCGUAUUUGAGCAUUGUAUAUAUGGCCAGUAGGAACAUGCUCGGCCACAAGGAGUCCGGGAGCUUCGCCUGGCUGCGGCCGCUGAGGGAUAAAAGGAGGGAACAGACAAGAGAGGGGUCACGCAGGGGAGAGGAGGAGAGGGCAGCAGCCUGCCCGUAGGGAAUAGAGAGAUCCGUACCCAAAGAUGAAUGGAGGGGG